AUGAAUUUUCAAAAUGAUGAAUUGUUGAUGUGGCACAUGCUCGAGUUAUCGCUGUUCACCUUCACCUCCCCUCUGGGCCUUCACCUCCCCUCUGAGCCUUCACCUCCUUUCUGGGCCUUCACCUCCCCUCUGGCCCUUCACCUCCCCUCUGGGACCUUCACCUCCUUUCUGGGCCUACACCUCCCCUCUGAGCCUUCAAAUCCUCCCUGGGCCUUCACCACACCUCUGGGCCUUCACCUCCCCUCUGAGAUUUCAACUCCUUUCUGGGCCUUCACCUCCCCUCUGGGCCUUCACCUCCCUUCUGGGCCUUCACCUCCCCUCUGGGCCUUCACCUCCUCUCUGGGACUUCACCUCCCCUCUGGGCCUUCAACUCCCCUCUGGGCCUUCACCUCCCCUCUGGGCCUUCACCUCCCUUCUGGGCCUUCAUCUCCCCUCUGGGCCUUCACCUCCCCUCUGGGCCUUCACCUCCCCUCUGGGCCUCUACCUCCCCUCUGGGCCUUCACCUCCCCUCUGGGCCUUCACCUCCCCUCUGAGCCUUCACCUCCUUUCUGGGCCUUCACCUCCCCUCUGAACCUUCACCUCCCCUCUGAGCCUUCACCUGCCUCUGAGCCUUCACCUCCCCUCUGGGCCUUCACCUCCCCUCUGAGCCUUCAACUCCUCCCUGGGCCUUCACCACACCUCUGGGCCUUCACCUCCCCUCUGGGCCUUCAACUCCUUUCUGGGCCUUCACCUCCCCUCUGGGCCUUCACCUCCCUUCUGGGCCUUCGCCUCCCCUCUGGGCCUUCACCUCCCCUCUGGGCCUUCACCUCCACUCUGGGCCUUCAACUCCCCUCUGGGCCUUCACCACACCUCUGGGCCUUCACAUUCUCUCUGGGCCUUCACCACACCUCUGGGCCUUCAACUCCUCCCUGGGCCUUCACCACACCUCUGGGCCUUCACCUCCCCUCUGGGCCUCUAACUCCCUUCUGA